GCUCCCACUGCAGUAGUUGUAUUUAGCUGGUCCUGGGGCAGCGGAGAGGGGAGGACUCAAGAGGGGUGCCAAGGUGAAAGAUUGGAAGAUUCCUGAAAGACCAGCUGGAUUUCGGAAACCAGAAACACCCCUGGGAAGAACUGGGGACUCUAGGGGCGCGACGAUCUCCGAUCUCCUUACACAAACGGAGCGCUCGCAGGCUUGGUCCCAUGGGCAGGAUUCCGAGCUGCGAUUCCCUCCGGCCCCGUGGGAUUUGCUACCUUCUUAGGUACUUGUUCGCUGGACUGCUCUUGCCAUGGGCUGUCGCCUUCAAUCUGGAUGUCAUGGGCGCACUGCGCAAGGAAGGCGAACCUGGCAGCCUCUUUGGCUUCUCAGUAGCCCUGCAUCGACAAUUACAGCCCCGACCCCAGAGCUGGCUGCUGGUGGGUGCUCCCCAGGCCCUGGCUCUUCCUGGGCAGCAAGCAAAUCGCACUGGAGGUCUCUUCGCUUGUCCCCUGAGCCUAGAGGAGACAGACUGCUACAGAGUGGACAUCGACCAGGGAGCUAACGUGCAAAAGGAGAGCAAGGAGAACCAGUGGUUGGGAGUCAGUGUUCGGAGCCAGGGACCCGGGGGCAAGAUUGUGACCUGUGCACACCGAUAUGAGUCUCGACAGAGAGUGGACCAGAUCCUGGAGACCCGGGAUGUGAUUGGUCGCUGCUUUGUGCUAAGCGAGGACCUGGCCAUCCGUGAUGAGUUGGAUGGUGGGGAGUGGAAGUUCUGCGAGGGGCGCCCCCAGGGCCAUGAACAAUUUGGGUUCUGCCAGCAGGGCACGGCUGCCACCUUCUCCCCCGACAGCCACUAUCUCGUCUUUGGGGCUCCAGGAACCUAUAACUGGAAGGGCACAGCCAGGGUGGAGCUCUGUGCACAGGGCUCGUCGGACCUGGAACACCUGGACGACGGGCCCUACGAGGCAGGGGGCGAGAAGGAGCAAGACCCCCGCCUCAUUCCGGUCCCUGCCAACAGCUACUUUGGGUUGCUUUUUGUGACCAGCAUUGAUAGCUCAGACCCUGACCAGUUGGUGUAUAAAACUUUGGACCCUGCAGACCGGCUCACAGGACCAGCCGGAGACUUGACCUUGAAUAGCUAUUUAGGUUUCUCCAUCGACUCUGCAAAGGGUCUCUUGCGUGCCAAAGAGCUGAGUUUUGUGGCAGGGGCCCCCCGUGCCAACCACAAGGGGGCUGUGGUCAUUCUGCGCAAGGAUAGCGCCAGCCGCCUGAUCCCCGAGGUUGUGUUGUCUGGGGAGCGCUUGACCUCUGGCUUUGGCUACUCACUGGCUGUGGCUGAUCUCAACAGUGAUGGCUGGCCAGACCUGAUUGUGGGAGCCCCUUAUUUCUUUGAGCGCCAAAAAGAGCUGGGAGGUGCUGUGUAUGUCUACAUGAACCAGGGUGGCCACUGGGCAGACAUCCCUUCUCUCCGGAUCUGUGGCUCCCCUGACUCCAUGUUUGGGAUCAGCUUGGCUGUCUUGGGAGACCUCAACCAGGAUGGCUUCCCAGAUAUUGCCGUGGGCGCUCCCUUUGAUGGAGAUGGGAAAGUCUUUAUCUACCAUGGAAGCAGCAUGGGGAUGGUUGCCAAACCUUCACAGGUGCUGGAGGGCGAGGCUGUGGGCAUCAAGAGCUUUGGCUACUCCCUGUCUGGUGGCUUGGAUGUGGAUGGAAACUACUACCCAGACCUGCUCGUGGGCUCCCUGGCUGAUACAGCUACGCUAUUCAGGGCCAGACCUGUUCUUCAUGUCUCCCAAGAGAUCUUCAUUGCUCCGAGAGCCAUCGACCUAGAACAGCCCAACUGUGCCGGCGGACGUUUGGUCUGCGUGGACAUCAGGGUCUGUUUCAGUUACACUGCGGUGCCCAGCAGCUACAGCCCUGUUGUGGCUCUGGAUUACACGCUAGACGGGGACACGGACCGGAGGCUCCGGGGCCAGGUUCCACGAGUGACUUUCCUGAGCCGAGGCCUGGAUGACCUCAAGCACCAAUCCUCAGGCACCGUGUGGCUGAAGCGCCAACAGGACCGAGUGUGUGGAGACGCCAUGUUCCAGCUGCAGGAAAAUGUCAAAGACAAGCUUCGGGCCAUCGUGGUGACCCUGAAUUACAGUCUCCAAACUCCUCGGUUACGGUGGCAGCGACAAGCUCCUGGCCAGGGGCUCCCCCCUGUGGCCCCCAUCCUCAGUGCCCACCAGCCUAGCACCCAGAGGACAGAGAUUCACUUCCUGAAGCAAGGCUGUGGCGAAGAUAAGAUCUGUCAGAGCAACCUGCAGCUGGUGCAGGCCCGAUUCUGCUCCCGGAUCAGUGACACGGAGUUCCAGCCUCUGCCCAUUGAUGCGGACGGAACAACGGCCCUGUUUGCACUGAGUGGGCAGCCAUUCAUAGGCCUGGAGCUGACGGUCACCAACCUGCCCUCGGACCCGGCCCACCCUCAGGUAGAUGGGGAUGAUGCCCAUGAAGCCCAGCUCCUGGUCACCCUGCCAGCCUCGUUGCACUACUCAGGCGUCCGGGCCCCAGACUCUGUGGAGAAGCCACUCUGCGUGUCCAACGAGAAUGCCUCUCAUGUCGAAUGUGAGCUGGGGAACCCUAUGAAAAGAGGUGCCCAGGUCACUUUCUACCUCCUCCUCAGCACCUCUGGAAUUACAAUUGAGACCACAGAGUUGGAGGUGGAGUUGCUGUUGGCCACGAUCAGUGAGCAGGAGCUGCAUCCGGUUUCUGUUCGAGCUCAAGUCUUCAUUGAGUUGCCGCUGUCCAUUUCAGGGGUGGCCACGCCCCAACAACUCUUCUUCUCUGGCGUGGUGAAGGGCGAGAGUGCCAUGAGAUCUGAGAGAGACGUGGGCAGCAAAGUCAAGUACGAGAUCACGGUCUCCAAUCAAGGCCAGUCGCUCAACACCCUGGGCUCUGCCUUCCUCAACAUCAUGUGGCCUCACGAGAUUGCCAAUGGGAAGUGGCUGCUGUACCCCAUGCGGGUGGAGCUGGAGGGCGGACAGGGCCCUGGGAAGAAAGGGAUCUGCUCUCCAAGACCCAACAUCCUUCGCCUGGAUGUGGACAGCAGGGAUAGGAGACGGCGAGAGCUGGAGCAGGAGCAGCGGGAGCCGCAGGAGCCUCCAGAGAAGCUGGAGCCCAGCAGCACAUCCUGGUGGCCAGUGUCCUCUGCUGAGAGGAAGAGAAACGUCACCCUGGACUGCGCCCAGGGCACAGCCAAGUGUGUGGUGUUCAGCUGCCCACUCUACAGCUUUGACCGUGUGGCCGUGCUGCAUGUCUGGGGCCGCCUCUGGAACAGUACCUUCCUGGAGGAGUACAUAGCUGUGAAGUCCCUGGAAGUGAUUGUCCGAGCCAACAUCACAGUGAAGUCCUCUAUCAAGAACUUGCUGCUUAGAGAUGCAUCCACAACGAUCCCAGUAAUGGUGUACUUGGACCCUGUGGCUGUGGUUGCCGAAGGUGUCCCCUGGUGGGUCAUCCUCCUGGCAGUUCUGGCUGGGCUGCUGGUGCUGGCCCUGCUGGUGUUGCUAUUGUGGAAGCUGGGAUUCUUCAAGCGCACCAAGCACCCCGAGGCUGCUGUGCCCCAGUACCACGCGGUAAAGAUCCUCCGGGAAGACCGACAGCAGUUCAAGGAGGAGAAGACAGGCACCAUCCAGAGGAGUAACUGGGGCAGCUCCCAGUGGGAGGGCUCUGAUGCGCACCCCAUCCUGGAUGCUGACUGGCACCCUGAUCUGGGUCCUGAUGGAACUCCCGUGCCAGUCACUGCCUAACUUCCCUUGUUCCAGGCUUGUGUGUCCCUUCCACCCUUUGCCAAGAUGGCUCCUUGGGAUGGAGAUAGUGGAGGAGGUUUUUGGUGUCACAUUGAGAUAUGGCAGGCUCUACUUCCUCAGGGGCACAGACCUCUCCCACUGUGAGAACCCCCUCUCCUACUUCCCCUUAGAAUGCUGUGAGACGAGGGGGCAUAUCAGGGAUGGGCUGUGGGGCGCGGCCGGGAGGGCAGGCACGUCCUGAUGCAGGAUCGGGAGUAGGGGUUCUGAUCUCCUCUCACCCGCCCUGUGUAACAUGUCUUCCCCAAAGUGCCUUAGACAGAGGGCCAGGGAGGAGAUCGUGUCACUGUCUCAGGGGCUCUUCCCUCUCUAGUCCUCCCUGUCCUCUGACCUUAGUGUGCUGUUCCAGCCUAGUGGUUUUUGUCUAUUUAUUAAAAAGUAUUUGACGAUAAAAA